AUGCCAACGAAAGCGAAAUUCUCAGUCUUUUUGCAGGUGCUGGCUUGGGGGCCACUGGCAUUGAUACCUGUUGCACAGGAAGCCCUUUCAAUUCUCAUGGCAUGCAUUCUUAUCAGUAACCUCGGUGCUUCAAUCACAGAAGUUGCAAAGGAUGCACUUGUCGCCGAGUAUGGCCAAAAAAACAGAAUUGGAGGCCUCCAGUCUUAUGCAUUUAUGGCUUUAGCAGUUGGUGGAACCCUAGGCAACUUGCUAGGUGGUUGUUUCUUACAAAAAACACCACCCAAAACCAUGUUUCUUGUAUUUUCAGUUCUGCUAUCUCUUCAACUAGCAAUUUCAUCAACAGUGAGAGAGAAAUCUCUUGGUUUAUCAGAACCAUCAGAUCACAACCAUUUGAAGAAAUCAAUUUGGGAGAAUAUCAGAAAACAGCUAAGUGAUCUUAAAACUGCAUUAAACGCUGACAACAUUUCCUGCCCUCUCACUUGGAUUGUAGCAUCUAUUGCUACGGUCCCGAUUCUCUCGGGAUCCAUCUUUUGCUACCAAACACAGUGUCUACAUCUUGAUCCUUCAAUUAUUGGAAUGUCACGCGUAAUUGGCCAGUUGAUGCUUCUUUCCAUGACUGUACUCUAUGACCGUUAUUGGAAAGAAGUGCCUAUGAGGAAAUUGGUUGGUGUGGUCCAGUUUCUAUAUGCUUCUUCUCUUCUUCUGGACUUUCUUCUAGUGACACGGAUCAAUCUUAAACUGGGAAUUCCCAAUGAGGUAUUUGCCUGUUGUUUUUCGGGUUUAGCAGAAACACUUGCACAAUUUAAGCUCCUUCCUUUUUCAAUGCUAUUGGCGAGUUUAUGUCCUCAGGGUUGUGAAGGAUCCCUUGCCUCUUUCUUGGCAUCAUCAUUGUGUUUAUCAUCAAUUGUCAGCGGGUUCUUGGGUGUUGGGUUAGCUUCUCUGAUUGGAAUAACAUCUGAUGAUUACUCGAGCCUGCCAGUGGGAGUUUUGAUACAGUUCCUUGCUGCAUUAUUGCCCUUAGGAUGGAUUCAUCCUCCUGCUGGUGAGAACUUUCCACGUCCACGAUGGACAGCUCAAACUCAAGUAGAUGGAAGUCUUUUGAUUGUGAAAGAAACUCAAGAGUCAAAGGAUAGGAAGUUAUUUGGGUACGAGGCGACCAAGGCUACUACUAUCAACUCACUGCUGAGGUAA